AGCAAAGAUGCACCCUGGUCUGGGCUUGAGCUCAGUCGUCACCUAAUUAGGAGUGUAGCACUCUGAGCUUGUGAAUGGCGAGGGAACGUGGUGAAAUCUUGUAUGGGAUUUAUAGAGCCCUGACGUACGGCAUCUCGCCGCUCUUAUACCUUCAUCUACGGUGGCGCAAACGCCGCGGCCUCGAGCAUCCCACCCGGUGGCGCGAGCGUCUUGGCCGUCCUUCUCUCCCUCGCCCCCCCGGCCCCCUCGUCUGGUUCCAUGCCGUUUCGCUAGGGGAGGGACUGGCCGCAAUUUCAGUGAUCAAAUGCUGUAUUGAGAGGAGGCCGGAUGUAACUGUUCUAAUGACAACAACUACAACAUCAGCAUUAAUAGGCUAAAGAUUCUGGGAUUUAAGUAGGGUAAUCUACCAUGCCUUGGAUCGACCACGCAUACUUUUAGCAGAAUACAAUAAUGCUCCAAGGGUACCAGAGUAAAUUGCCAUCAGUACCAAUCAGAGCAAAAGAAAGUUAAGAGUGGAGUGAAUUCAGAAGACUAUGUUGCUUGCUACUAGUUGUGAAGAUAGCCGAUUUAUAUUAUAAUUGUUUGAAAUGGUUUCCCCUUUGUUUGGUUAGUCUUUAGUUGAUCACUGCAGUCAUAAAUAAAUUAACAUCAUUUGUGGACAUAUCUUUUAAUUGGACUGUGCGAGAAAAAUAAAGUUGUCGUGUUUUUAAUUUCUUUACUGUUGGCAGUGAAGUAAUAAAGAACCUGCUUCCAAGCAAUGUUAUAUAUCAGUUUUGUCCACUUGACAUUCCUCAAGUCAUUGAUGCCUUUCUCUGUUACUGGAGUCCAACUGCAGUUGUAUUGAUGGAAAGUGAAAUUUGGCCAAACAUUGUUAUGUGUGCUGCAAAAAAUGGGAUGGCAUUGACAUUGCUUAAUGCUAGGAUGUCUAGAAAGUCUUAUCAAAUGUGGUCUCUUCCAGCCAUACUUCCCUUGACAUCAUUAUUGCUGUCAAAAUUUUCACUUAUUGUCCCAUUGAGCACCGCACAAGGAAUCUAUUUUCAGCUGCUGCAGGCUUCACCUUUUAUCAUUAAAUUUUGUGGUGAUCUAAAGUAUGGUAUGCCCAAUUGCCCAGUAUAUUGAUUCAUACUUGUUGCAAAAAAAAGGGAACUUAUCAAAGGUAACCCUUAGAUUUUAAACCUUUAUCAAAGUGACCAAAGGGUUACCUCAUGAGAUUACAUGGUUAUUUUAACUUACAUCGGGGUUACUUUAAGUGCAUAGUAGAUCAAGGGUCACCCUGGUAAUUUUCAAAAAUAAAAUAGUAAAUCACUAAUAGUCUUGAAGGUUGGGGUUAGUCUUAUGACCAAGAGUGUGAACCGUGUGUGCCGAGCUUAAUUUUUUAUGCAUUCCUUAAAUAACAUGUGGAAAAAUGUGCUGGCAACUGUUAAGUCCUUCAUCUGAGUUCGGCUUUAUAGAAGAAUCAGCUUUGAAUUUUUACAAAUGAGGUGUUAAGUGCGUGGGUUAGCGACCUCGUCCAAGGACGUGAACGAGAAUGGCCACAGCUGUAGAGAACUUUGAAACUGUUGAAAGACACUAUAGUGUGUUGGAUGAUUUGAAGCUACAGCUUGCUGAGCGAAAGAUGUGGCUGGCUUCGUCCAUUCACAAAGGUGAAGAAGAAGUCAUGAUAGAAGUCCACAAAGAGCUAAAGCAAGUAUAUCCUGAUAUAUUUACUAUCAUUGUGCCUCGGCAUCCACAGCAUGGGAAAGAAAUUUCUUUGGGGUUGCAGAAAGAACACUUGAGUGUAGCAUUAAGGUCCCGUAAUGAUAAAAUUAUGCCAGAAACAAACAUCUACUUGGUUGACACUUUAGGUGAACUCAGAAUGUUCUACACACUAACCCCAAUAGCUGUAGUUGGGGGUUCUUUUAUACCUGGUUUGACUGGUCAUAACAUUUCAGAAGCAGCAGCAGCAGGAUGUGCUACUCUGACAGGCCCUUACAUUGGGCACUUCUUAAACAUGGCAAAGGAAAUGCAACAGCUUAAUCCUUUAUCAGUUCGGCAGAUUUCUGGAGAUGGCCUUGUAGAAGCUCUCAGAGAGCUCCUUGAUGAUGAUACGAUUCUUGAAGCGCACCGUGUUGCAGCAAAACAAGCUUAUCAAGCUCUAUCUCACGGGAUCAUCGAGAAUCUAUGGCAUGUACUAGCCGUCCACAUUUUUGAGAAAACAAGGCGGAGAUGAAGGGUGCCUGGAUCAUACCAUUCAUAUUUCAUAUGUCUAUUGGUCGUAGUAUGGAAAAUACUGUUUUCUCCUGGAAAAGCUUUAGUGCUCCAGCUUCCGGGAGCACGGAGCAUUCAUUAGCGUAAUUAGUCAAUAUAGUACUGGUACUUCGUAGUAUUAAUGUACUUGGUGAAGCAAUGUAAUGUUUUCACAAGUAGAAAACUCAAAAAAAAAAGAGGACCCUAACCCCACUACCCCAGUGGCCUAGUUCUACCAUUACUACGUAUAAAAUUAUUUGAAAUUGCGUGUGA